UUGUUUUGAAAUAAUGGAUGAAAUACCGGCUAGUCCAGAAAUAGUUAAACGUUGCAAACGUCGUCGAACCACCACCGGCCAGUCGACGCUUCGGCGUACAAGGCUAUCUUUGAACCGAGAACGGAAUAAUGACAGUGAAACAGCCACCUGUAGUUCAGUGGUUUUGUCGGAAAAUACAAAUCCCUCUCAUAAUAUUGCAGAACGUGAAGUGCAACUUCUCCCAGCUAGAACUGAAAAUUUGUUCUAUAUCGAUGAUAAUACUGAUUCCGCUGAGUUGGGAAAUGAGGACCCUCUUAUAUUGGCCGCAAUUCUGGAGCGAGCUGACCAGAUUGAGGAAGAGCAUCGUGCAAAACAGACGUCAGAUUUUCUGGCUAAUGUUCAAAAUAGGUUUGUUAAAAUCGACGAAAUAAUACAAUCGGAAGAAGUUGCUUUUAAAUCAGAGCCAUCAACUGCUGGUACUAUUAAAAUGGAACCCACAAUUGCUGGUUCAAUUAAGGCAGAACCAGUAAUUGUUAGUACUAUUAAGGUAGAACCAGUAACUACUGCAUGUUCGCAAAAAGCAAACUACAGUUAUACACAGUUCGAGCUGAAUACUGAAAUGCUCGAUAUUUGUGAAGCUGCAGAUGAGUUGGCUGGGUUGAGCUGUAUUCCAGAUAAAGAAUUGAAAAAUUGUUGGGACAGUACACCGAAUCAGGUGACGGCAAAUGUUGCUGCUGAAUUGGUGAUGACCAAGGACAAUAAUAAAACGCCUCUUCGAGGGCGAAGAAAUCGUUGGAAAAAUAUGAGACAAUCAUCUCUCUCGCGUGAACUUUGCCAUAAGCCGAGGACUGUAGCCUCAUCUGUAGAUGCGAAAAACUUUGAUUUCAGCGACGAUUCGGAUAUUGACCUAACAAUAGACUACUCGAAAAUAGUGUCCUCCAAACUUCGUGCGAAGUUGUCUAAAAUACAAAGUUUUAUCGAUAGCCCUCCUCAAAGAGUCAAUAAAAAGAGUGUUCAUAAAACAUUUUCAAAUAGGAGAUCUGCAACCAUGGAACCUCAGAUAGCGCCAGUAAUACGCAGGUUAAGUUACGAAAGCAGAAGUUCAUCUUCAACUAGCAGAUUGGGAGUUGAGCAAGUUUCGAGCUCUUCAGAUGACGAACUAAAUUGUCUCGACGGACUGCCAGUGCAUGCACCUAAUGAAGAUAUUCAACAAAUUCCGUCUACAAGUCCUGCCGACGAUAAUUUCAAUUCUAGUUUGCUGAUUAAGGCAAACAUCGAUCAGCUCUCUCAAUUUUUUUCGAAAUCUGUGUCUGAACAAGCCGAAGAGCCAAAACGAGAUACAACAUCUUUGGCGAAAGAACCUGAUUUUUUCGGCUUUCCAACGGAACCAACUUCACCCAUAUCUCUCACUUCGUCAGGAUCGCCGCGCAUUGUGAGUAUUGCGUGGUUAUUUCGCAGUGAGUCAGAAUCGGAUUCAACGGGCGAGACAGAUUGUGCAACCGACGAGCAACCGAAAUUACCUCUGCACCAUCUACUGGAUGACGAUGAUGAUGACGAUUUUUUAGUUCAGCUACAUUCAUCACCGAAAAAGAGUUGCGACUACGAAAGCAGUAUGGUGCCCGAAAGUGGUAUGGCGGAUGUUAAAUAUGUUAACCAGGAACCUGUAUCUGCAAACUCAAUAAGACCUCGCACAACUCUGCAACGAUCUCGUUCAACCGAAAUAUGCUAUUCUAACAUGACUGAAGACCAACCUCAACUGUCAACUUGGGCUGAAAUCAAAACUCCGAUUGGAAUUAUGACUGGCGUUCCAGAAAAGGGUACGGAACGAGUAUCAGUUAUUUGGGAUGAACAAAAUAACGUUGUGUGCAAUGAACGUGAGGCAUGCGCAAAGCGCGCUGAACAACCAGGGCCAUCUUUUGUUGGACUCAAAACGGCUGGUGGAAGCUCAUUAACCGUAUCGAAAAGUGCCCUUGCGAAAGCUAAUGCGUUCUGGAGUGACGUAGAGCGAGAAUUUCAAAUGGACUCAGCGGAUAAUACGGUUGGACGUAACGAAAUUUUAAAGCCUGGUAAAGAAGAACUUGUAAAGUUACACGAAGUCGAACCUUUCUCGGCAGGGUUUAAAACCUCAACAAUUCAUGCAAAAGCUGGUUGCGGGUUUCAAACCGCAGGUGGAAAUAUGAUCGGUGUAUCUGAAAAAGCUAUGGAAAAAGCUCGUGAUAUUUGGAAGGCUGAAACAGAAUAUUUUACCGCUGAUGAAAAUUGGAUGCAAGUUGUACGCAAUGAAAACGAGACAUGCGCCGGAUACACAGCACAGCCGGUGACAUCUGGGUACACUGGGUUUAAAACCGCUGGUGGAAACUCACUGACCGUUUCCGACAGCGCCCUCGCAAAAGCAAAUGCAUUGUUCAAUGACGUAGAACGAGAAUUUCAGGCGGAAACAACUACGGAAAUUGUGGAGCGUAAUGGAUUUCGAAACUGUAUCAAAGAAGAAUUUGGACAAUCCCGAAAACCACUGGCUGUCGAAAAAGCAAAAGCAGUGAGCGGUUUUCAAACUGCAAGGGGAAAUUCUAUUGGUAUUUCUGAAAAGGCGUUAGCUAAAGCACAAUCUAUUUUCGAACAAAUGCAAAAUGAAGAAGAAUCUGAACCACCUACCUCAUCUCGAAUGCAACGACUCGAUGAAGCUAUCCAUGGGGAGAAUGAUAAAGUACCAUCAGUAAAGGUUGAGAAGCGCCGAUUGGAUGAACCGUGCAGUCCAGACACUCCAUUGAAGCGUUCUAAACCCAAUGAACCGGUUAAUGGGGAGCUCCCUUUGUCGACAAGCACACCUAAUCCACGUUCAAUGACUGACUUAGUCGAGGGUACCAAUCAAAUCGAUCAUCUGUUUAGUGACUUAGACGAGCACGAGUUUCAACAUAUGUUCGUCGCUGACGAAGGAUCGUCUCAAUCGCGUAGGACUCGGUCCUCAAGACAGGUUCGACUGGUGACUAAAUUCGAAGAAAUUAACGUACAAAGUCCAACGAGAACGAACAAAUCUUCCGAUGGAAAUUGGGACGACAGUUUUGGCGACCUGAUGGCUAGGUUGAGCUCCGAGCUAAAUGUUGGAUUGAAGGUUACAGAGCAAAUUUUGGAUCUACGUCGGUUAGCCAGGCAGCGACAGGCUGAGAAUUGCCGAACUAAACCAUCAUCCGAGUGUACACCCAGAUUGUACGGAUUUGUGAAGAAAAAACAACAACCCUGUAGACGGACAGUGAAGGAGUUCGUCGCGGAUUCCAGGCCUGCAGACGGUGGCUUAGAUGUCCCUGAGCGGAUACGAAUGUUGAACGUAGAAAAUGUUGUUCAUUUUAAGUUUGAUAUGGUGAAGUUGUACGGGUUAAACUUCUGUGUUGAAAAUGUGGAUGGGAUUGUUUUGGGCAACGACGAACUCCCCGUUAGAUUACAUCUAGACGAUUUUUGUUCAGUAGGAAUGUCAGAAUUACAUUCUGCUUUUCUGAGUGCACCCGGAAUCGAUCCCGCGCUAUUGCCAAGCGGCUGGUUUGAGAACGCUUGGAAAUGGAUCGUCAUCAAGCUGUCGUCAAUGGAACGCAAUUUUUACAGCUAUUUCAAAGGCAUUACAACUCCCGAGAACGUACUCGAUCAGCUUUUAUAUCGAUAUCACAAAGAAAUCGUUUGCGCUGUGCGGCCUGUGAUACGAAAGAUUCUGGAAAAGGACGAUAUCGCUAGUCGACGGAUGGUUUUAUUUGCAGCUCGCAUCUUUCGAGGGCAGGAUCCCUUCGAGGUCGAGUUGGAAUUGAGCGACGGUUGGUACUCAAUCCGAACGACUGUUGAUUACCCUCUUUCACAAGCUAUCAGUAAGGGAACAAUUACAGUAGGAACUAAAUUAAUGGUGCAGGGGGCGGAGCUCCUGAACUUGAACGAAGGCUGCUCACCUUUGGAAGUACCGCAAAAUGUGCGGUUAAAAAUCCACGCCAACUCAACGCGGAGAGCUGAAUGGGCUACAAAAUUAGGGUUGUAUAAGGUGCAAAAUAGUUUUCUGAUAUCGUGCAAUGAUAUUCUUGACCAAGGCGGACUAAUCGCUCGUUUGCAGAUUGUAGUUAUACGUGUUUAUCCAUUAAUGUUUGUAGACAAGUCCCAACGUGACACAUUGGGUGCUGUAUUACGGUCAGAACGCGUGGAGCGCCGACAUAUGCAGGAAGUUGAUGCUGUACAGCAGAAAAAUUAUCAAACCCUUCUAAUACAGGUGCAGCAAGAAAUAGAAGCCGAAAAGUCAUUAUCGAACGGUAAACAUCGUUCGAAAAAGGUGCCCAGAACUAUAACGUCAACGCAGCUUCCAGAACUACUGGAUAACGGAGUUGAUUUUACGGGCAUGGAAAACGAUUUCACUGCAACCCAGCAAACGAUGGUCGUCGAGCACCAGCGUCGUCAGCAGGAAGAACUGAACAACGAAAUCAACCAACGGGUUAGAGAAAGACUGCAAGAUAAUCCAGCUGCCACAAGUCGGAAGGUAAGCCCCCUGUUGAAAGUACGUAUCGUCGAUUGUCGUAAGCCGGAAAAAGUGCUGAUGCUCUCCAUUUGGCGCCCACCGGAUGAACUUGGCGCUGUAGUGCAAGAAGGCAACGCAGUGGAGAUCCGUAACGCAACGGCGAACGGUACGCGAAACGGUGAGGUUCAACUAACGACGGGAAAAAAUAGUUCAUAUCGACAGAUUGAUCUGCAGAAGUUCAAUUUCCGUAAAGAGCUGCUUAGAAAUCUGACGUUGAUAGCGGAUAUUAAAAAUGCGACGUUUCGACCGCCUUUUAACGAGUUUGACACGAUUGGCGUUGUCGUACAAGUUGGUUGUUUGAACAAGAAAAAGUUCCAAACAGUUUAUUUAGCAGAUACGGCCAUGAAUUUACUGUGCGUAAAUUUCUGGAACGGUAUUAGCGACUACGCUUAUGAAGAUGUGGUAAAAGAACGAGUUGUUCUUUGCAUUUCAAAUCUUCAGUGGCGAACGAUUAACGCAUUCAGUUCAAUUCCUAACUCAUUUGCUACCGAAUAUACCACUUUCAGCGAACAAUCAAAAGCUAACCAUUUUUCAAAGGAACUAAAUAAUAUGCGCUCUUCGCUGAGUAAUAUGGAUCUGGAUGCAUUCUACCAUGAAUGCUGUUCACGCAUAUUAGAGUUGAAAGAAAACAAGUUACCACGAUCUAACAGUAUGAAUACACCAGUUAGAACCACCACCGACGUUUCAACUCCUGUGCGAAUUGUACUUAGUAAUACAAACUUCAGUGCCAAAACGCCUGUCGAUUUUUCACCGGGUGUAGGUCAACCGAUUAGUGUACAAAAACAGAAAAUACAGCUACUAGCUGCUGCUUACAAGAGUCCUCCCAAACUAACACCAAUUGUUAUGCGUAGCAAUCCACGUGUACGUAAGGGGUUUCGACUUCCCGCCAAGCUGGAAGAUCGGAUCGAUCAGGCACGUCAAGAUGAUUCGAUUAGUUAG